AUGAAUGAUCAAGGCGUGCAUCAUCGUCAAAACUCGCCGCAUCAGGCGUAUCAUGGUUUUCGUCAACUUGCGCCAUCAGGCAUGGAGUCUGGCAUGCACAAUCCCCGUUCCUCCAUGACCGGCACUCAUCUCCCACGAAUAUCGGGUGCGCCUUCUCCACGACAUGUUCGGCAAGGCAGCAUUCGCAGCUUACAGUCUUCACCACGAAUGCUACAAUCAUCCCCGAGAUUACAAAGAACAGGUACCCCAACAUCCACGGUUGGUCGCGCAGCCUAUUCUAUGUCCCCGCCGCCGCUUUUUGAUACCGCGUCUCGAGGCUCGCAGCACACAAUAGAGCCACAUGUCGUUGAUAACCCAGCGCUCCCUUCCCGCGACAUCACCAACACUAACAUUGACGACGCUUACGUGAAAUUCAUUCUCUACGCGAAUCCAGGUGUACCACGAGACGUUGACACGACAGAGCUGCGUCGCGUCUUUCGAGCUCCCCCCCGCAGCGAUGGCAAGAGCUUCAGCAUAUACACACUAUGGCAAUUGAUCAAGAAGUUGGAAAACAAGGAGUUGAAGACUUGGUCACAGCUGGCAAUUGAGCUUGGUGUCGAACCACCGUCUACCGAGAAAGGACAGAGCGCACAGAAAAUUCAGCAAUAUGCUGUGAGGCUCAAGCGAUGGAUGCGCGCAAUGCACAUCGACGCCUUCUUUGAAUACUGUCUAGGAAAAGCACAUCGGUAUUUCACUGAUUUGCCAACCGCUGCUGCGAAUUCCUCCGAAGAAGGUCGCGAUGGAGUGCCCCUGGAGGAAGAUUUGGCGCUUCGAGCACUCAUGCCCGAAUGGAGACCCAAAAGAGGACGGAAGAAAAUUGAAGAGAAGGAAUCGGAAAAUAAUUCAGAGCAACCGUCUGCGAAGAGACCACAUUUAGACUCUCAUCACUCGGCAGUUGAGUAUGACGGGCUUGGGGUACAUUCUGCCAUCUUUCCUGGAAGUGCGGCGUCUUGGACAGCAUAUCCAGACGAUAUGAACCAAGAUGCGUGGACCAUGGCAUCUGCGAUGUCGCAAGGACACAACAUGCCACCAAAUAUCAAUCCUAACAUGUACUCGGGAAGAAGUGGUUUCGAAUUCACCCGAUGGCGGCGAGACAUGUCGCCAUCUGGCUAUCCUCAGUCUGCGAUCACGUUAAGUCAUCGUGAGCCAGAACCCAUCAUAAACGAACCUCAAUCAGCAAUCACGCCAUCUGCUUCGUCUAAACCCAAAUCAUCUCGUCGCAGGCAUGGACCUGCAGUUUCGUCAGCAUGGCCCAGCCAAGGAAACGCAAGUAGUGGCAAGCAGAGGGGCAGACCACCAGCCCAGAAAGCCACGCAAGAUGAGCCACUAUCUGCUAUACCAGCAGAUGGGCGACCGAAUGGGCAUUCCGUUUCCACGCAAAAUACGCACCAUGAAGACCAUGUAAUCGUUCCUACGGUGACAUCGCAGGCACCUCCUCAGCAACUUUCUCAAUCCCGGCCAAACAAGAAGCUUCAGCUUCAGGUUCCUGAGCGUCUUGGGGGUCCCGUUCGCUUAGCAACUCCGCCACUUGUGCUCGUGAAUGGCAGUGGACAUCUUCGACGCAGCUCGGCUGAUUACUUCCGCAAUCCUGAAGGGGAUGAGGCUGAUGAUGGAGAGUCAAUCAUUGUCGAGCAGACCAGACCAUCAGAAACCCUUCAUGACAACCAUUUCACGAUCGAAGAUGUCGCUCGGUCCUUCGCCACCCGCUUGCUGCAUAUCAAAGUUAUAGGUCGUCCAGUGGACCUGAGUGUUGAGGAGGCGAACAUGGUCGCCAAUAAAGCCGUGCUGUCGAUUUGUGGAGACACGUCUGGAGCCGGCCCAAGGUAUCGCAGAAUACUAGCAAUGAAAUGCGCAAUUGUCCUUGGUGUGGAGAAGGAGAUGGGCAUCUCCAGCUCCAGCAAUGCGGACAGCCACUCUCAUCUAAGUGUACGGUCUGUCUUCCAAAAUGCGGACGGUUCGGUCUCGCGAAGCCGAAAAUUGAAUAGCAGCGGCACCACCGAUGGCACCAAAGGCUCUUACAAUUACACCAUCUCCAUCGACACCACAAACUCCUCCAGCACAUUCUCCUCUAGUAUCCUGAUCCGAGACAUCAUCGUUCCUGCGCAGGUCUCAUCAAACGUUAUGGAAGACGACUUCUCCAGCCUCCGAGAGCAGAUUAAAGCGCUCUCUGAAAUCCCAGCUUCAGCGAUUGAACCACCGACCGCAAUCAAUGGCGAUGAAGAUACCACCGACGAUGCUUGGAGACAGCGAUUCCUUGAUAUAAGGAGAGACGAGAAGAUUGCCGAGGAGAAGUUGAGGAGACUGAAGAGAUUGAUGUUGGAGGUUGUUAUGGGGAGUGAAUAA